UAUUCUCAUUCUCUAAAGAGAGAGAGAGAGAGAGAGAUCUCAAAACUUUCAGUUUUCGUGCUCAGAUAGAUCUAUGGAGAUCUUCAACUCCGCUGAUGAAUCCUAACGUUAGGAACUAGGAAAAUCCGAUUUCUUCUCCAAAAAGCGAAAGUUUGGACUCAAACCAUUUGAAGUCUCUUGAGUGACUUGGGUUAGAAACAUGGGGGUGGAAAAUUACCAUGUAAUAGAAUUGGUAGGGGAGGGCUCCUUCGGUAAAGUAUAUAAAGGAAGACGCAAGUACACGGGGCAGACUGUUGCCUUGAAAUUUAUCCUUAAACAUGGGAAAAGCGAGAAAGAAAUCCACAGUUUAAGGCAGGAAAUUGAGAUUCUAAAGAAGUUGAAGCAUGAAAAUAUAAUCGAAAUGCUUGAUGCCUUUGAGACUCCCCAGGAAUUUUGUGUUGUUACAGAAUUUGCACAGGGUGAACUCUUUGAAAUUCUUGAGGAUGACAAAUGUCUCCCAGAAGAACAAGUUCAAGCAAUUGCUAAGCAGUUGGUGAGAGCUUUGCAUUACCUACACUCUAACCGCAUUAUCCAUCGGGAUAUGAAACCACAGAAUAUACUCAUUGGGGCUGGAUCUAUAGUUAAGCUUUGUGAUUUUGGAUUUGCAAGAGCAAUGUCAACAAACACUGUUGUCCUGCGCUCCAUAAAAGGUACACCUUUAUACAUGGCUCCAGAAUUGGUGCGUGAACAACCCUACAACCACACUGCGGAUUUGUGGUCUCUUGGAGUUAUUCUGUAUGAACUCUUUGUUGGGCAGCCUCCAUUCUAUACAAAUUCAGUGUAUGCACUUAUUCGGCACAUUGUCAAGGAUCCAGUAAAAUAUCCGGACAACAUGACUCCAAAUUUUAGAAGCUUUCUAAAGGGUUUGCUUAACAAGGUACCGCAAAAUAGGCUAACUUGGCCUGCACUUCUUGAACAUCCAUUUGUCAAAGAAAGCUCAGAUGAGCUAGAGGCCAGGGAAAUGCGUGCUGCAACAGCUGCAUCCAGGGGAUGUGAUGCAGCUUGGAGGGGAGAAGUGAACCACACUCUUAGCUCAACAACUGGAUCCUCUGCUGCCAGCCUUGAGAGCAAGAAACAUUCUUCUGCUGCUAUUGAGAAGAACAGUGCUCAGAGGCUUUCAAAUGAUAGGCGAACUGACAUUCUGUGCUCCAACUUGGACAAUUCUUCACAACAAGAGGUGCCCUCGGGGCUUACAGUUGUUCCUUCAGACUGUCAGGUGUUGGAUAAAUUGGAAAACAACUCUCGAACUGUCAAAGGAGCAAACAAUAUUGGUCAAGAUAAUGAAGCACUAGCACAUGUUUUGCUGCCGUUAAAAACCUGGUCCGGAGGACCAUCGAGUGCUUGCAGGGAUCAGGAUGCUGCCCGCGCAAACCAGUCGUUCAGAAUUAUUACAAACAUAAUUACAGCUGGGGCUCUUCGCUGCAGUGCAGUAGUUGAUGAUAUGAUAUGCACGCUUCUUGGGUUCUUUGGUGUCACUGUUAGCAUGAAUUUUCCCGAUGGUACUGAUGGUAAUGCUUUAACCCUAAAGUGCCUUUCAAUUUUAAAGAAACUGCUGGAUAACAGUGGAAGUGGAAUGGGUAAUUCUUACAGCCGUCAUUGGGUUGCUAUCACAGAACUUUACUCGCAGGUUGUGGGAUAUACCAACGAUGCAUCAUCUGGAAGAGUGUUAUAUGAGUCCACUGCAUGCGUUGCCGUCAUUUUAUCUCGAGUUGCUCGUGGACUAAAGGCAUCUCUGUCGGCUGUGAGUCCUGAGGUGGUCUCUGCCCCCUCAUCAGUGCCAGAAACUUCAAAAGAGAUAUUGGAUCAUGCUAGAACAUCUGGCAUCGUCGAUCUAUUGUGUCUCUGCUUAGCCACUUCAGGGUCAAGUCUCAUCUCUGGUUCUUCAAAUAUGUUACCUGCAGCUUCUGAAGCGUGCAAGGCUCUAUGGGCAUUGACAGAUGCACUGGAAAUUAUGUCCACAAAAGGACAUGCCAAUCUAUUUCCUUUGAAUUCUUUCCGAAGCCAUACUUUGCUUCGGCUUGAUAUCAAGUGCAACAACCAAAGUACAGUGCUAGAGACACAAUCAUCUAAAAUUGUUGAUAGAGUUGCAAGAACAUUCCUUAAAUCAAAACCCAUGCAGGUUGCUACAUAUUAUUGCAUUCACCAAGGCUUAGAAUCUACGUUAUCGGCUGUUAUUCAGCUCAUGUUGAGGAUCUGUAUUUCUAGCACAGCUACCUGUGAUGUCCUCUGCGGCCUGCCUAAUCCCAUAUCUAAUUCUACUACCAUCAGUGGAAGUGGUGAUGGAACAAUUGUUUCAGACAUUUUCACUAUAUUAUCUCUAUGUGCUUCUACUUUAAACAAGGAACCAUCCACUGGAGAAACAUGCAACCAAAAAUGCAAAUUGUCCAACCCACAGGCACUGAUUUUGCAUUCUUGCCUCACCCUGGCAACAAUUGCACAAUGUUUGAAGUCAGCCGGUAGAAUUUCUGCAUCAUGCAUGCUUACUACUACUCAGAAAAAACAGCGUGCUCGGCUUUCAGUUCUCGCACACCUGUCUUCCUCUGAUGAUAGGGCGGCAAGCUCCUUUCAACCUCAAUGCGCUGCUGCCAUGUUGGCUCUCGCAUCUCUUAUAUCCCUUGAAAGUGGAGGUCCCGUGAACUCCCCAAUCUUCGAGUCUGCACUGCCUUUGAUUCCUCCUACUGCAACCUUGCGUGCCCACCUCAGGCUCAUGUCGUCUGAUGAAAAUGAAGCAGCGACUUCCAAAUGCAAAGGGAUGCUCUCCAACUGGCACGGACUCAGGGAUGGGUGUGUUGGGUUGUUGGAAACAAGACUGAAGUGGGUUGGACCACUAGCCAUUGAGCAAGCGUGUUCCAAUGGUAUUCCCCAGCUACUUCUCUAUUUGUUGGUUGAUGGCCUUCAGAAGGCCUCCAUGCAAGGAACAGAUGGUACAGAGGAUCGAGUUGGGCUAUCACCUGUUGGUGUUGUAUGGACAGUUACUUCAAUAUGCCACUGCCUUUCAGGUGGUGUGUUCCGUGAGAUUUUGUUUAGGAGGGAACAUGUUAAGCUCAUCUCUGGUUUGAUCUCUGAAGCACACCUUAAGAUUUUAAAAUGCUGGAGUGGGCCUGGUGGCGGAAGCAAUGGGAUUAGAGAUCUAAUCAAUGCCGUAAUUGAUCUUUUGGCAUUUCCUUUUGUCGCGGUACAGGCUGUUACUGGCAUGCCAUCAACAACCGCAUCAAUCAAUAGUGGGUUCCUUCUCAACAUAGGGUCACCAGGUGGAAGAGUAGGGAUGGAGAACAAGGACAUGGUUAAAGCAAUUGAGGCAAACAUGCUUCAAUAUGUUAAAAUUCUUAUGGAGGUUGGCUUACCAGGUUGUAUUCUUAGGUGCUUAGAACAUGUGGAUUCAAAAGAUUUAGCAAGGCCUGUAGCUUUUCUUGCUAAAAUGAUAAGCUAUGAACCUCUGGCCAUUCAACUUCACAGAGAUGGUCUAUUGGAUCCAAGCAGAAUGAGAAAGCUGCUCGAGGGUUCUAUACCUAGGGAGGUGGUGCUGGACAUUCUGAUGAUAGUUUCUGAUCUUGCUCGGAUGUCGAAGGAUUUCUAUGAAGCCAUAGACAAGGCUGAUUUAUUGGAAUUCUUGAAAGAUUUUCUAAGUCACGAAGAUGCAAAUGUGCGGGCUAAAGCUUGCAGUGCCAUCGGCAACAUGUGUCGUCACAGCUCGUAUUUUUAUAAUUUGCUAGCAAGGCAUCACAUAAUCAGUCUUCUCAUUGAUAGAUGUGCUGACCCAGAUAAACGUACCAGGAAGUUUGCGUGUUUUGCUGUGGGAAAUGCGGCAUACCACAACGACAUGUUGUAUGAUGAGCUAAGGAGAUCCAUACCUCAGCUUACAAAUCUAUUGCUUACAGGAGAGGAAGACAAGACAAAAGCAAAUGCUGCAGGUGCACUAAGCAACCUUGUGCGGAAUUCCAACCGGCUCUGCGAAGAUAUUAUCUCCAAAGGCGCUGUGCAGGCUUUGCUCAAGCUGGUUGCUGAGUGUUCAAUGGUCGCAUUGAGCCCAAGCAGACGAGAUGCUGUGAACGAAUCCCCACUGAAGAUCGCACUCUUUUCCCUUGGGAAAAUGUGUGCUCACAUGCCUUGCAGGCAUUUCAUCCGCUCGUCCGAGUUCUUCCCUAUCCUAACACGUCUGAGGCAGUCUCCAGAUGCAACAAUUGCCAAUUAUGCUACUCUCAUUACCAACAAGGUGUCCGAGACAUGAAUGGUCUGUAUUCUGCAUAUGUUGGUAUUGCAUUUUGGUCCUUUUUAGAUUGUAUAGAGUGCUUAGAUAUACUCAAGCAUACAGUGGCCAUAUACAUGCUGUAAUUCAAAACUUGAAUACCACAAAUUGUUCAUCCAUAUAUGAGAAGUAUUUAUUCUAUGAA